AUGGGGAAUCAGGAUGGGAAGCUAAAGAAAAUUACAGGUGAUGUGCUUGAAGGAGGAGAGGAUGCCUCUGGGCCCAAGGAUACAGAUGGCACAAAGAAGGUAUCGGGAAGCAGAAGGGGACUGGGGAAACAUGCAAAAGGAAGUGAAUCCGGUAAGAAGAAGGGUAAGUCGGACUCGAGGGCCUCAGUGUUUUCAAAUUUGAGGAUCAGAAAAAAUCUGUCCAAGGCUAAAGAUGGGAAUAGUAGUUCACGGGAGGAUGUUUUGGAAAGCCAGGCCUUGCAGGCUGGAGAGCUGGACAGUACUCAUUCAACUGUAAACAAAACUCCAGAUAUAAGCAUCUCUGCGGAUGAAGGGGGUCUCUCAGACACAGAUGUGGAACAUUUUGAAAUCCGAAAUGAAACUGUCCCAGCUGCUGCGGAGACACAGGAUGGACAAAGGACCAGCUCUGGCUCUGAUACGGAUAUAUACAGUUUCCAUUCAGCCACUGAACAAGAGGAUUUGCUUUCUGAUAUCCAGCAAGCUAUUAGACUGCAGCAGCAGCAGCAGGGGGCAAUUAACAUUGGAACUGAGGAUCUUGUCACCAAAACAAUGGGCCGACACAUGGCUAAUUCGCAAGCAGCCCCCUUAGAUUUUGAACGGUUUCUUUCAGUAACUACCACUGACAAAGAGAGGAGCCCAGACACUGAGGACGCUUUUCCAGCGAUAUCUGAAAUUGCGGAAAACAUUCCCAUCUCCUGUGCAACUGAACAUGAACUGAAAGACAUGGUAAAUGGCACAGGCUCUCCUGGUAACGGCUUAUUUGAAACACAAGAACGUAAGCUAUUGAUUGAGGAACAGGAACAGCUCGUUGCUGGAGUGGAUGCUGUAGCUAGUGAACUAGAAGAUGAUUUAAACAGAACUGCAGUAGAAAACGGGUCUCGGACACACAGCUCCACACAACCUUUUCCAAACUCGGUAGCAGAUGCUGAGACUAAAAUUGCUGAAGUGCAGGCUGUUGAUUUGCAGGACUCAGUAACUGAGGAUGGUAUUUCAGAUGCAGGCCGUGAUCAUGCUGCUGAGACUCAGGAAGGGAAACACACUCUGUCAGCCAGUCAAGAGGACCUGCAUAAUGGUUUAUCCGCGGAAAUGAAAAAUGUCAUUUUGUCCUCUGAGGCUACAGCAGGCAGUCCGAUGCUUGCUUCCCGAUGCUUUAAGCCCUAUUUAAUUAAUCCUUGUUACAUCAAAACCACAACUAGGCAACUGAGUUCUCCCAAUCAUUCACCAUCUCCCUCCCCAUCCCAGAGCCCGCUUUUUACAAGGAGGCAGGAGUCCUUCCACAAAAAAGACAAAGUCUCAAUCAAGAAGCAGAGGUCUGCUAGUUUGGCAGGUUUAUUUAGUCGUUCCGCAGACUGGACAGAAGAGGUAUCUAAUCACAAAUGUGAGAUAACACAGAAGGUGGGCUCUGCGGGCUACUUGGAGCACAAGGGGUUUAGAGAGAAAUUUCAAGCAGAAAGAGUGCCUUUGACUCAUUCAAGAAAGUCCUCAGGGGUGCAGGCUUCUACAGAGACAUUUCCUAAUGUCUUUUCAGGACGAACUCUGCUGGAAAAGCUCUUCAGCCAGCAGGAAAAUGCACCACAAGAAGAAGCAGAAAAACUAUGUUCUCGCAUUAUUGCAAUGGGUCUUUUGCUUCCAUUCACCGACUGCUUCAGAGAACCAUGUAAUCAGAGUGCCCAGCAAAGCACACCCACGUUUGAUCAAGACCAGCUUUAUACUUGGGCUGCAGUUAGCCAACCCACACAUUCAUCAGAUUACAUUGAAGGAAGCUUUCCAAGGAGAAUUCCGUCUGUAUGGCCCCCACCCAAACCUCCCGAUGAAGAACAAAGACUCAAAAUUACAGAAGAAGAGUUGAAAUCUACUGUCCUAGAAACAGACAAACAAUGCAUAGAAGAUGUUCAGCAGGUACAGGAUGAUUUUGAGGUGAAAUCUGAGGAGCGUGCCAGUGUCAUUCAACAACUGGAGCAAACUAUCGAGGAUCUGAGGACCAAAAUUGCAGAACUAGAGAAACAGUUCCCUGCUGCAGAGGUACAGACUGGUGGGAGGGAGCAGAAAAAUGAGCACACACACGCAGUCUGCGAGGAACUCAGCAGUGUGACUCUUCAAACAAAUGGCGAGGAGACUGUACCCAGGACUGUGUCACAAGCAAGAUCUGUACAAACGUCACCAACGGAGGAUUAUUUAACACACACAAUGCCUUCAGCCAAUGCACUGCCACAGCCACCCCCAUCACCACACUUAGAAGGGGGCAAAAGUGAAGGGCCAACUCGGAAAUUGCCAGCUCUAGAACUACAGCCCAUGUUUUGUUCUGAAAUCUCCUUAAUUCUGUCACCAAAACUAAUCUCGGUGCCGCUGGAAGCAAGACGAUCAGUACAGAGUACGCCACAGUCACCUCUUCCAGGACCCAAAGUUAAUUUGACCCUUGCAUUUGAAGGAGAGACUGAAAUGCCAGCUUCCCAUCAGCCUCUAAGUACUGUAGCUUUGACUUGCAGUGAACAUCCUCCUUCUUUGCCCCUGGAGCCCACACGUAGCGUUCCCCCGUCACUGCCAGCCACCGAACCAGCUGCUCCCCUGUCUGGUGCACAUAGCCCUUCCCUUGCCACUCCCAUGUCCAUGGCAGGAGUACCACCCCCACCACCCCUGCCUGGCUCAGGACUCUCUCCUUCUGCUGCCUCAGCAGUGCCACACCUGGACUGCUCUUUGCCAGGCAUGCCACCACCCCCUCCGCCUCCACCUUUGCCAAGUGGGGAGAUACCGAUGCUGCCUCCAGCCCCUCCUCUCCCAUGUGCUGGAGUCCCACCACCACCUCUACCAUCACAUUUGCCUGGAGCAGGAGUCCCACCCCCUCUGCCUGGUCAGGGCUUUCCACCUCCUCCUCCACCACCACCUUUACCUGGAGCUGCUGUCCAGCCUCUGCCUGGCCUGGGAAUGCCACCCCCACCCCCAGCACCACCUCUGCCUGGAGCAGGACUGCCACCACCUCCCCCACCUCUGCCUGGAGGGGGAAUCCUGCCCCCUCCACCUCCUCCACCACCACCUCUGCCUGGUGCAGGUGUCCCCCCUCCACCUCCUCCACCACCACCUCUGCCUGGUGCAGGUGUCCCCCCUCCACCUCCUCCACCACCACCUCUGCCUGGUGCAGGUGUCCCCCCUCCACCUCCUCCACCACCACCUCUGCCUGGUGCAGGUGUCCCCCCUCCACCUCCUCUACCACCACCUCUGCCUGGUGCAGGUGUCCCCCCUCCACCCCCUCCUUUGCCUGGGUUAGGGGUGCCACCUCCAGCCCCACCACCUUUGCCUGGAGAAGUGCCACCCCUUCCAGCGCCAGCUCAGGGGAGCACCUACUCAGCCGUCCCACAGGUCUGUGGGUUUCUUCCUCCCCCGUUACCAUCUGGUUUAUUUGCAAUGGGGAUGAAUCAGGAGAAAGGGAGCAGGAAACAUGUGAUAGAGCCUUCUCGGCCAAUGAAGCCUCUUUACUGGACAAGAAUUCAGCUCCACAGUAAAAGAGAUUCUAGUGCUUCACUUGUGUGGGAAAAAAUUGAAGAGCCUUCCAUAGAUUAUCAUGAGUUUGAAGAACUGUUUUCUAAAACAGCUGUUAAAGAGAGGAAGAAACCCAUUUCGGACACCAUUACAAAAACAAAGACUAAACAAGUUGUCAAGUUGUUAAGUAACAAAAGAUCUCAAGCUGUUGGAAUAUUAAUGUCUAGCCUUCAUUUAGACAUGAGGGACAUUCAGCAUGCUGUUGUGAACUUGGACAACUCUGUGGUUGACCUAGAGACCCUUCAAGCCCUGUAUGAGAAUAGAGCACAAUCAGAUGAAUUAGAAAAAAUAGAAAAGCAUAGCAAGGCAUCCAAGGAAAAAGAAAAUGCCAAGUCUUUGGAUAAGCCGGAACAGUUCCUCUAUGAACUCUCACUAAUUCCCAACUUUUCAGAACGUGUGUUUUGCAUCCUGUUCCAAUCAACAUUUUCAGAAAGCAUUUGUUCAAUCCGUCGCAAACUUGAAUUGUUACAGAAACUGUGUGAGACAUUGAAAAAUGGCCCUGGAGUUAUGCAGGUCCUGGGUUUGGUUCUUGCCUUUGGAAAUUACAUGAAUGGUGGAAACAGGACACGAGGACAGGCUGAUGGGUUUGGACUAGAUAUCCUGCCAAAACUGAAAGAUGUCAAGAGCAGUGACAACAGCAGAAGUCUUCUAUCGUACAUUGUCUCAUACUAUUUGCGUAAUUUUGAUGAGGAUGCUGGAAAAGAACAAUGCAUCUUUCCUCUUCCAGACCCGCAAGAUCUCUUCCAGGCUUCACAAAUGAAGUUUGAAGACUUUCAAAAAGAUCUUCGCAAAAUGAAAAAAGAUUUGCGAGUAUGUGAGACAGAAGCAGCAAAAGUUUAUCAGCUAUCACUAGAAGAGCACCUCCAGCCUUUCAAAGACAGCAUGGAGCAAUUCAUUAGUCAAGCUAAAAUAGACCAAGAAAAUGAAGAGAAGUCACUGACAGAAGCACAUAAAAGCUUUUUGGAAACUGCAGCCUAUUUCUGUAUGAAACCAAAAAUGGGAGAGAAAGAGGUGUCCCCACAUUCUUUCUUCAGUAUUUGGCAUGAAUUCAGUUCUGACUUCAAAGACUUCUGGAAGAAGGAAAACAAACUUAUUCUUCAAGAAAGAGUUAAGGAAGCAGAGGAAGUCUGCAGGCAGAAAAAGGGCAAGUCGCUAUACAAUAUAAGACCAAAACAUGACUCCGGGAUUAAAGCAAAGAUAAGUAUGAAAAUCUGA